AUGGCAGUAACGGACAGUCCUCUAGAGGCAUCAUCAUCAACUACCAUUACAAUCAUCAUUGGCACCACUAAAGCAUCCAGGCCUAGAUACCUUUGCUACACCUCCCUCCAAAACAAAGCUGCUGUUGGGCUUGCCACUGCUGAACAGAACGCACCAGCAAUAGGGGGACCCAUCAUCAAAACCGCUCUCAGUCACCAUAGAUGCACUGUCGCCGCCGCCACCAUCGGCAAAGAGCUGGAGCAUCUACACCCACUGCGAGAUCACCUCCAAGUCCUCAUAGUUUUCGCUGUUGAGUCUCUGGAGUUGGAUUUUGCACUUCUGUUUCGAGAACAGCAUAUUCUUCUUCGUGUUUUGUCCGUUCUUGUUGUCUUGGCAACAUCAUCUGAGAAAGAUAGUGAAUCACUAUAUAAGAGGGUGAAAAUUAACAGACUGAUCAAUAUAUUCAAGAAUGAUCCGGUCAUACCUGCAUUCCCAGAUCUUCAUCUUUCUCCAGCUGCAAUCUUGAAAGAGUUGUCGAUGUACUUCCCAAAAUUCUCUGCCCAAGCUCGUCUCCUCACUCUUCCAUCACCGCAUGAACUCCCACCCCGUGAAGCUCAAGAAUAUCCUCUAAACAUUUGUCAUUUUUAACUGUUUAUUUUUUAUUUUUAGCUUUUGAUGUUGAUUCUCAUGCUGUGUUCACUCUUUUCUCUUGCAAACUUUUUGCUGCUUCAUGCCAUUUGUUACUUGGAGGGCCUCUCUAAUUCUAGUUAGUCAUUAUUGUUGCCUUGGUUAUGUAUGAGUGCAAUAUCUGCUUCAUUGCAUCAGAUAGAAUUGUCACACCAAAGGGGGCUUCUAAUUCUAGUUUGUGAUUAUUGUUGAGAAUAUAUGAGUGCAAUAACUGUUUCCGAGCAUCAGAUAGAUUUGUUACACUGUAUCUGGCCCUUUAUCAAUUUCUUUAAAUGUUAUGUGAGGUGAUGAAAAGAAAAGAAACGAAAAAAAUAUAGUGAGCUACGUGGCAGGCUUGAAUAAGUGGAAACAAUUAUUCAUAGCACUUA